AGAGACACAGAGCCAGGUCUCAUCAGACAUCCCUCUACAGACUGCACCCGUAGGAUGCUGGGGUUCGUUCCUCCAUGCAGUGCAAGGGGUUAAACUUUUAGGGGACAUUGACAUCCCGACAGUCACCUGGAGACAGACACCUCUGGGAACAUGCUUAAGGAAGGCAGAUGAGGGGAGAUGCUGGCUAUAUUCUGGGUUCUAUUGCUCUGCCUGCGGGCACAAGAUGUUAGUCCAUCCAGGAGUCACCUAGGCAUAUGUCCGAAUGAACUAAAUGCUAAUCUUUGGGUGGAUGCCCAGAGUACGUGUGAGCGGGAGUGUCGGUCUGACCAGGAUUGUGAAGCCUUUGAAAAAUGUUGUACAAAUGUGUGUGGACAACAGAGCUGCGUGGCUGCGCGAUACCCAGAUUCCGGUGUGUUGGCCCAAGGAUCUCUCCAGCCUUCUACUUGUGCUGGCUUUGUGUGUACUCAGCAGGGCUCAGAUUGUGAGAUGUGGGAGGGACGUCCUGUCUGUCGUUGCCGGGAACGAUGUGGGAAGCAGCCAGGUUUCACCUGUGCGUCAGACGGCCUCACCUAUUAUAAUCACUGUUACAUGGACGCUGAGGCUUGUGCCAGGGGCAUCAGUCUGACAGAAGUGCCUUGUAAGUUUGUUUCAUCGUGGCCCAAUACUAGCCCAGCACCUUCUGAGACUACACCACAGCCCACCCAACCACCACCACCUCUGGAGCUAUCGGUUCCACCUGCGUUGUAUCAUACUCCGGCCCCUCAGUCUGUACUUAUUGGUGGAACUGUGGGCUUGCAGUGUGAGUCAAGUGGACACCCCCAACCUGAAAUCCUCUGGGAGAAAAUGGGUGAUGUACCUUCUACCCCACUGAUGCGACCUGACCAAAUGUAUGGAAAUCUGGUGGUAACUAAUUCGGGUCAACUUGUUAUAUACAAUGCCCGUCCGGAAGAUGCUGGCAUCUAUGUUUGCAUGGCACGGAACUCUGCAGGGCUUCUCCGAGCUCACUUUCCACUCUCUGUCUUAAAAAAACCUAUUGCUCCUAAAGGUGCUCUCCAAAGGUCAUUACAUCCUUUAGAGUGUCAAAAGAUUCCAGAUCGCAGGGAGUGCCAAGGUCCUGUUAUGGUACGUUGGUACUAUAACACUCAGAGUGGCGAGUGCCAAACAUUCCUUCAAAAGGGAUGUUCAGGCAGUGGCAAUGUUUUCUUAACCUAUGAAGAGUGUCGAGCAUCAUGUCACCCCAAGCCUCCUGAUCCUUGCACUUUACCACCUGUUAGAGGCCCCUGCAAGGUUCCAGAGUGGCGCUGGGCAUAUAGCACGCUGAUGCGCCAGUGUUUCUCUUUCAUCUAUGGAGGCUGCCAGGGAAAUCAGAACAAUUUUGAGACCCGACAGGCCUGUGAGGAGCGAUGCCCAUUGCCCCGUGCCAAGCAGUGCCAAGGAUGCCAUCUAAGAGGAAGGCUAGUGCCUAGCCUGUGUCGUAGUGACUUUGUUAUUGUUGGCAAACUGGAGGAAUCUGGAGAGGAGAGAGUCCUUCGAGUUGCUCUGAAUGAAGUACUAAAGGAUGACCAUAUGGGUCUUCGCCUCUUCCACACAAAAUAUUUGGAGGUUACCAUUGGAGAUGGUGGCAAUGUAGGUGCUUGCCCUUGUGCCAACCUGGCAGGGUCAGGGGAUGGAUAUCUCCUGAUAAUGGGAGAGGUUCAGGAUGGCAUGGCCUUGCUUGGUCCCUUUAGUUAUGUUCGUCCAGUCAAUGAAAAAAGACUUAGGAAAGUCAAGGACAUGUUGAAAAAAGGAACAUGUGACUUGCUUAACAGAUUCCAAGACUGAUAAGUGGCACAUAUAAUAUCUAUACCAUCUUCGUCAUAUAGAUACUUUUCUAAAAGGGUCAUGGAUUUUAAUUUGAAGGGACAUUAAAGUAUUAUUUUUCUCUGCUACAUCUGAAGGAGGCUACUUUACAAUGCAUUAAAGUUUAAAAACAAACAAGUUUUCUGAUUAAAAAUAUACUAGCA